AUGAUUUCGCCCUCUUCUGACAAACUCACAGUAGUUCAUGUUCGACUCGUCUUCCUUCGAAUAGGUAAAGCUCAUUCCAUUACUCUCACAAUCAAAUCACAUCCAAUGAUUUCUCAUUUAGGUGAAAUUGAUACACUCAAUGAACGAUAUCAAGCACAUGCAUCCAUCGAGUCUCGUUGGACAGUCUCACACGACAAAUUUCUAUCGACUAUCACAACUACCGAACAAGAACGCCUCAUCAAUGGGAAAUCUAUUCUUCUUGAUAAAUAUGAACAAACUCAUUGGCAUCCUCAACUCUAUAUCGAGAAUGCACUAGGUGAUCUGAAAGAACAAAUCAAGUACAGUGCGAAAAUCAAUGGAAAAGAUGCGAAAAUCUACGUCUGUGAACAUCGAAUCAUCAAAGGACUAUUUUGGGAGAAACUCGAGUUGCAGCAUUUUCCAAGUGACGUUCAAGACUUGUCAAUCUCAGUGACAUCAACAUAUUUCCAUAACAGAGUUGUUUUAAUUGCUGAUCCACAUCGUCAAAGUGGAGUGAACCGUGAAGCGUUUGUUGAUCAACAGGAAUGGAGCUUGUACGAGCAUACUGAUACACAAGAGAGAUAUAUCAAAGAAUUUUUGUUUCGAACGGACUAUGAAGGUGAUGAUGAUGAUGAAGGAGGGAUACAUUCUAUGAAUACAGAAGAUCGAAAACGAUCUGUAUUGACAGUUACCUGUCACGUCGCUCGUCAAUCGCAAUACUUCUUUUGGAAUGGAUUUUGUCUCAUUCUACUGAUUACUCUCGUGUCAUUCUGUGCAUUUGGUUUGCCAUUGCAAUAUGUAGUCAAUCGCCUGCAAGUAUCAUGCACACUUCUUCUAACAUCAAUCUCAUUUCGUUGGACAAUUAAUCGAUCAUUGCCGACGAUAUCUUACUUAACAUCACUGGAUAGAUAUGGUAUUUUAUGUAUAUUCAAUCUGAUAUUGCAUUCCAUGUGGCACAGUAUCAUAAGCGUAAUAAUAUACGAACAAACGAGCGACUUUCGUGUUCCAAAGGGCUCCUGGAUGGUUUACUUAGAUCGUGGUGCGUUCGCUGUGUUUUUUUCUGCUUUCAUUAUCCUUCAUAUUAUAAUGAUUACAUGGCUUUUUCGCGUUCCGUUGAAACACCGUCAAGAUAUGAAAGAUAAAGAUUAUCGCCACCGAGCAGGAAUUGUAGGAAAACUCAAUGGAAAUGCAAAUCCAUCGUUUUCUCCGAUAGGAUAUGACAUGACUGUCUAUGAUCAAAAGUCUACGAUAAUUUAA